GCACAUCGUCCGUCUCGCGGGUCUGCGGCGGGGCUCCACCGGCCGGCGCACUCGGGAACCGACCGCUGUCCGGACCGGGAGGUGAGCCUCAACGCGCUCCGCUCCGAGCCUGGAAAACCGGCCGCUCCCCGACCGUCCCCCGGCUCCGCCACACAGACAGGGAAUAAUGCGCAGUUACGGCGCGGCUGGGUUGCCGGCUGCCCGGCGCCUCGUGCGGGGAUGAACUUCGACCUUUGAUCCGAACAGGAUGCCUCAAUACGAUCUCUGUAUAUAGAGAUGCCACAUAUAUGGUAUAAUGAGUCUUCCAUUGCCAACGGAAAGUGAGUGACGUCCUGCAGUGAGACCCCUGCACGAACUAUCACGAUGCGGUCUCUCUCGCUGUGCCGCCGUUUGAGCACGGCCAGUGUCCGCCAGGGCGUGUUCCGCUCCCACGCCGAGGACAUCCCGCUGGCUGAUCGGCCCAUCUUCGAGAUGAUCUGGGGCCGCCGCCACCGCUGGGAGAAUCGCACCGCCUAUGUGUGCGGAGUGACCGAGAAAUCCCUCACCUAUAACGAGACGUACCGUAACGUGCUGCGGUUCUCUGACGCGCUGGACAAGCGCGGCUACAAACACGGCGACGUGGUGGCCGCCUGUCUGCCCAACUGUGUCGAGAUGCCCGUCACGGUGCACGGGUGCGCCGCCAGGGGCAUCACGACCACCACUCUGAACCCGCUCUACACGGAAGACGACAUCGUGCGCCAGCUGGAGAUCUCGGACGCUCAGGCAGUGGUGGCGCACCCUCUGCUCCUCCCCACGGUUCGCGCCGCCGCCGCCAGGGUGCCGACCGUGCGCGAGGUGAUCGUCACCGGCCAGGACAGCGCUCCGGAGGGCGUCUCCAGCUUCGAGGAGCUGCUGCGACAGGGCCGCGAGCACACACCCACCGUCGACAUCGACAUGGAGAAGGACCCGGUGCUGCUCCUGUUCUCCAGCGGCACCACGGGCCUGCCGAAGGGCGUCAUCCAGACCAACUACUGUCUGGGAUCGAACCUGCUGCAGGCCACGUCUGAGGACUUCGCCUGGGAGGUGCCAGGCGAGGAGCGGUUCCUGGGCGUGCUGCCCACCUUCCACACGUUCGGCAUGUUCUUGUACGUGUUCAAGUCGCUACUAACCGGCGCUUCGACCACACUGCUGCCCCGCUUCGAGCCAGAGAUGUUUGUCAACGCCCUGACCAAGUACAGGCCGACGGCGCUGCACCUGGUGCCUCCACUGGUCACCUUCCUGGCCAACAGCCCGACCGUCACCGCCGAGACGCUCUCCUCGCUCAAAGUGAUCUUCUGCGGCGCGGCGCCGCUCGGUCCGGCGCUCAUCCAGCGCGUGCUGCAGAAAAUCGACACAGCCACCUUCAUUGAAGGUUACGGGAUGACCGAGUCCUCGCCAGUGGUGAGCUUCAGCUCGAUCUCCAAGGGCUCUCGGUACGGCUCGUGUGGCGUGCUGCUGCCCAACACCGAGCUAAAGGUGAUCGCCGUGGACGACGGCCGGGUCCUCGACCUGGGCGAGAGCGGCGAGAUCUGCGUCCGCGGACCUCAGGUGAUGCCCGGCUACUACAAGAACCCCGAGGCGACGGCGGCUACCAUCGAUCAGGAUGGCUGGCUGCACACUGGCGACGUCGGCUAUUGCGACAAGGACGGCUUCCUCUUCAUCGUAGACCGCGUCAAGGAACUCAUCAAGUACAAGGGAUUCCAGGUGGCGCCGGCCAUGCUGGAGGACAUGCUGCGGAAGCACGCGGGUGUCGCGGACGCUGCCGUGAUCGGCGUGCCGGACGAGGAGGCCGGCGAGUUGCCGCGCGCCUACGUGGUCACCUCGGACCCGGCCAUCACCGAGCAGGAGCUGGCCGACUUCGUCAACGCCAAGGUCAACACCUACUACCAGCUGCGCGGCGGCGUGCACAUCAUCGACGCCAUUCCCAAGAACGCCUCCGGCAAGACGAUGCGCCGCGACCUGCGCGAGCGGGCGAUCCGGGAGCUGGAGGAGGCCAGCGCUGCCCAGACCACCGCCUGAGGGAGGUCGGAGAAGACGGGUGGGGAGGCAGGAGAGCCGGAACGUACUUCAGUGUGGACAGGAGGGAUGUCCGCAGGGAGAGGCGAAACACAACAUGAACUGGAGCCGAGGGCCAGCUGACCCGCACUGCUGCACGUAGCUCGUAGUUUGAGAAGCCACUGAUGGCAAUAUGAGGACCCGAGUGGAUCGCUGCUAGCGCUACCUGGCGCAGUGCCCCCUACCAGCCAGCUGGGAAGGCAGUCGUAGAUGGCGCUCACACUUUCCUCCUAUCACCUGGAGAAGUCGGCCAGGACAUGAUCUGAUUCGGGCUGGCAAUAGAGAAAAGCGGGUCCUUUAUGCCAGCUGUGUAAAGGAGACAGGGUAUUCACAUACCAGCCACCUGCGGGUCCUUACAGACCUAAAAGGGGAUAGACCACUUCCGUGGUGGCAAUAUGUGUGAUGGAGAAAUCACCGUCUAGUUCAGAGACACUGCACUGUAGAGAGAACGUUAGGGCACUGCACAGUAGUGAGAACGUUAGCUGGUGGUGGUAAGGUAGUGCUACGGUCUCAUCUCACAUUGAGACUGGAUUACUAACCGAUCAGGAUGCCGCCUUUUGGUGAUCGCUAGCUAGUAAAUAAAUUCAUUCGGGGCGCUCAUUGCUCGGUGCUCACUGACUAAAUCUUGCCACAACUGAUGGAGAUAGGCGCAGAGCUGUGAUUUUCGUAUCGGCCUAGAUGAUCGCCGCUGCUCCACUGACUGAGCGAGCGUGUAGUUCGUAGGAUUGGCGGGAAAGGUUGGCUGAACGGAGCCCUUUCUUUUGGCUUAACAUUGUGUGUGUGUGUGAAGGUGCCGGUUUGUGUGUGGGUUUCAUCCCGACUGAGCCAGCGAAUGCAUCUUGAACUGAGUGACCUACAUUUUGCUGACCAAUGGCAACUCAUUCGAAGAUGUGUCGUAUUCACUAUUCCCUGGAGUAGCUUCAUUUGUGUACAGAGCUUAGCGGUCAAAUGGAUUUGUGCAAUUAGGAAACGUUUGCAUGCAUGCAAUCUUGUUGUAUUUGGGUACGUUCCUUUCUUAUUUUCAUUACGAAUCAGGUUUUGUAACUAGCUACCGAGGGCUCUAGGCUUAAUAUCGUUGUUUCAUGCAUGAAUCAUGGGAAGAUAAUCAUUGCAGGACGCAUAAUCCAUCCAAUUUUGUAGCAAUAUUCCGGCAGUGUUCGUUCUUAUUUAGCUAGCCAUGGGUGGCGUCUCGCGAACAAAGGACGGGCUUUACAGUCCGGUGCGAGAGGAGGGGUGGUAUGUAUUUGGUGCGAUCGCCGGCUGACGCGGCCGGGCGACCACCAGCGCAAUGCAGGUUUCAAUGCAAGGUUGGAUGAGCCGCGUGGCUUCGAAAUGUGCCAUGGUCAGCGAGUUUUGUGUGUGCUGGCUCAGCUAUGGAUGCCGUUUACGCUGUAUGUCUGUCUCGUGUGUGCUGGGUUUGUGGCAAGAUGGUUCGAAGGCUGGACUUCGGGUGCCGGUUUUUGUUAAUAUCUUGUAUAUUUUGUACACAGUGCGUUCGAGCGGGAUUUAUUGUCAAAUGUCGGAGUAACCACUUUACUUUUUAGCUCCUACUUUUCUUACGAAGUUGUAUUACGAGAACAUCGAUUCGUAAAUCAUCUGAUGGCCACAACUGGCACAGUGUGUUCUUGUCAAUCAAGUCAUGAUAUCUCAGUUCAAAAUCCAUCGAAUGGUUAAGAAGGCUGCGAGAAAAUGGUGGAACUUAUUGCUUCUCGGCAAAGUAUUUGCGGAUCAUAUACUUUCCUUGGUUGGGUGGCAUUUUCUGCACUCUAUUUGACCCCGUUUUCUGGUUUAUCAUGUUCUUCCCUUAGAUCAUUUGGGUGUUAAACAGUUCUGUGGUAACGUUGUGUAUAAUUGUGUACUGAGAUGAGCAGAUAUCAUGUGUGUAGGGUAGUGCUGCUACAUAUGUGCCGCAUUGAAGGCUCCACAUAGUUUCAAUAAAGCUUUUCAAAACACG